AUGGAUGUCACUCAGCCCGCGCGCACUAACGAGUCGGAGUACGAGUUCGAUUACUCGGAUUAUUACGAGUUAGACGCGCUGGCGGACUUCCGGCCGUGUGAGAAACUUCAGGUGAAAAAGUUCAGCCGUUAUUUCCUGCCCGCGUUUUACUCGGUCGCGUGCGUGCUCGGUCUGCUCGCUAACUUCACCCUGCUGUUCGUGUUCACGCGCAGCAAACCGGCGAGACGGGCGCAUCCCGCGUGCGUGCUGUGCGCAGACCUGCUGUUCACCUCCACCUUUCCGUUCUGGGCGGUGUACGCGUCGGGCGACUGGAUCUUCGGCGCGCGCGCGUGUAAGCUCGUCACGCUGGUCUACGCGGUCGGUUUGUACAGCAGCAACCUGUUCGUGGCGUGUGCGGUGCUGCGGAGCUGCGUGGACGCCGCGUGCGUGUUCCGGUGCCUGGGCCGAGUCGGAGAGACCAAGAAAAAUGUAGUGUGUUGCACGUGCGUGUGGAUGCUGGCGUGUCUGGCCGCCUUGCCGCACGUGAACUUCGUGGAGGAGCGACAUGUCCACGGCGAGACCCAAUGCUUGUACCACUACACACACAGCUGGAAGAUCUACACGCAGCUCCAGCUGGUUGUCCUCAUCUUUGGGAUUCCAUUCCUGCUCUUGCUCGGUUCCUCUAUCACCUUGUACCUGCGCACACGUUCCUCAGGGCGUUCCAGGAUGGCGAGACGUGCGAUCAUCUCCACAGGGCUGUUCUUCGUGCUCUGGUUCCCGUACACGCUUGUGCUAAUACUGCACAUCCUGCAGUACCUGCACGUGGUCUCGGAUUGCAGUGCGAGUCUGCACAUGGACCUCGCCAUCCAGAGCACCGAGUGCAUCGCUUUCUCUCACGUCUUCAUCAACCCUGCAGCGUACGUGCUGCUCAAUAAGCGAGCGUGGAGGGCGCUCAAAGGGGAGUGUGUGAGCCCGAGGGAAUACCUGCUGGACGUGUCGGAGAACAUGGACAGCAUGUCGAGUCAGGACAGCGGCGUGGAGUUAAGGGCGCUCCAAAGUGUUCAGAGUUUCUCAAAUCCUGAGUAUGAGCGAGGAAGCGCUGAGAAACAAGGCCACUUCCUACCACACGCCACAUGA